AAGAAGGACAUAUCAGUGUUGGCAUUGUUGGUUGAUUCACAGAGAAGUUAUUAUGUUCAUCACUGCAUUAAUUGCAAAGGAACUUGGAUUGUCUCGAGUUAAAGAACUUAAUCCUACUGUCACUAUCAAUGGUGUCACAACCGUGGAGUUAGAGACAGCGGAGGGCCUCUUCCGAGUGCAUUUGGUGAGAGAUGAUCAAGAUGUUAUAGUGAAACUAGAGGAAGGAAGCAAGCUUGCCGCCUACUACAAUUCACUUUUCUGGCAUGAGAUAUCAACGUUUGAGAAGAUUCCUAUUCCAAGUGCACAUUUUAAUCGAUCGUUUGUUGUGACGGAAGAUGAAAACAAACAUUCUGUCUAUGUUACUCAAUUUUUGAAGAAAGGAAGUGUUCGUACCAAAUUGGGAUUACCAGAAUUGGAACAAGUUGCCUCACAGAUUGCAAAGUUACACGCUGUCAACUCAAAAACUAUCAAUAAACAAUUCUCACUCAAUGUGCAAGAAAAUUAUGGAAACAUCAUAUCAUUCAAAAAGAAAAUUCAAAAAGAAUUGAUUGAAGUGUUGGAAACAGCAGUAACUACUACAGAAGUUGCAGACUACUUCAUGAAUCCAUCCUCAGUUAUUGAAAAAGUUGGAAUUUUGACUCAUUACUUGGAAGAUUGGAAAGAUGAAGAUGCAGAUGAAAAGGAAAAACAUAAUGUUAUCGCACAUGGAAGAUUGACAGCUGAGAUUUGCAGAUUUGAUGAGGAUGGGAAUUUGGUAGAGAUCACAGAAUGGGAAAACAUUCAUCUUGGAAAUCCAGUGGAGGAUUUAGCAAAUUUGAUUGUUUCAUCUGCAGAUGUCGACAUUCGACGAAAAAAGUUCAUGAAAAUAUUUCAAGUCUAUUUUUAUGCACUUGUUGACUAUUACCCACCAAAGUAUCAACUGCAUGAUUUGAAAAGAUGGUUCCAGGAAUAUCAACCUACAGUUCUAAUCAAUGGAAUCGAGUCUCUACUUUUUACACUGAGUGAAGGUUCGGAUGACGUCAAACAAGAUGCUGCACGUCGAUGGGAGACAGCGUUGAAUGAUACUGUAGAUUUCUUGACUGGAAACUACAUUUCGGAUAAUGAGCACCCAUUUCUCUCACAAAAAGAGAAUGAUGAUUGAAGAAUAAGAUAACGUAUUUGCUUUUUUUUUCAAAGAAUCGAGAAUAAAUGACCGAAUUCAAAAAUAAAGAUUGGUCGUUUUUUCUUGGUGACGAAUGAAUAAAUCUUCAAUACAA